AUGGAGAAGGACGUGGCGUUGGACUUGCGAGAGUGUGCGAGUGACUGCGUGUCGCUCUGCACACGGCUCUGCAUGCCGAACGACAGACGCGAUCGCGUUGUGGCGCGAUUGGCGCGUCGAAACGUCACGAAGGAGCAGACGAAAACGUCGUGCGGGCAUGUGCGUGCGAGCAGGCGAGAUCGAGAUAUGCAGCUGACACUUACUUUCGAGUUGGGAGAGAGGAGCUCGUGGUUCAGACGGACUCAGAGACUCCGGAACUGUGUCUUCUUCCGAUGCUGCGUGGAUGUGUAG